ACAAUAAUUUUAGAAUUCUUGUGGGCUAUAAAUGUAAUAUUUCUUGGUAUAUUAUUUUUCUGUGUUUUUACACUUUUUUAAACUACUGACAACUCUAAAAGCCUUUAUUUGACUGCAGUGAUGUCAAUUGAGGUAUUGGUCCGUUCGUAAUAAUAGUCCGACUAGAAACAAGCGUGAAAGCAACUUCUGGAUUACUAGAAUUAGCCGUCGCCUGUCUAGUUUUCUCUUUUUCCCCCUUUUUAAUUUUUUUUAGACUGUUGUUGAUCUCGUUUGCCUUUAAAUGGACGGAGUUCCUUGUCUUCGUGUGCAGAGUGGUCACGCUCAGGAGAUGAAGAGAAGUCUUCAGUCCAGAGGAUUUCUUGAUCGGAGUUUGUGCUUAAUAAAAGACUCAGAUGGGUCAGUACUGCUGCCCAUUUUACACUCCAGUCUGGUACAUCUUGAUGUCCAUUCCCCUGCAAACUCAAGUGUGGGUGAAAUAGUCUGGAGAAAGUGCCCUGUCCCGUCAAAGAAAGCCAGAGGGAGGACAGGGGGGAAGUUGGAGAAAAUCCUGGAGGAGUUUUUGGAGUCGCAUGGGGAAGUGUUGACUGAGGAGCUGAGGAGGGACCUCCCUCGGAGCUUCCAGCAGCAUGGAGAUCUUGUCAUUCUGGGGGACAGUUGCUUUACAUCACCAGUGUGGAAGAAGAUGGAAGGUCAACUAUGGAGUGCAGUGACCAGCGCAUUAGGGGUGAAGCGACUGGCAAAGAUGGGCAGAAUAUCCAAAAAUGGAUUCAGAACACCUGUGGUGACGAUGCUGUUGGGGGAGCACAGCUGGGUCAGUCAUGUGGACAAUGGGAUCAGGUAUGAGUUUGAUGUUACCAAGUGCAUGUUUUCAGCAGGAAACAUAUCAGAGAAGCUCAGAGUGGCAGCUCUGGACUGCACAGGAGAGACCGUUGUGGAUUUGUAUGCAGGCAUUGGUUACUUCACUCUUCCGUAUCUCGUUCAUGCGAAGGCCAGUCACGUUCACGCCUGUGAGUGGAACCCUGAUGCUGUGGAAGCUCUGCAGAAAAACCUCCAGGCAAACAAAGUGUCUGAGCGUUGCACCAUUCAUCAAGGAGACAAUCGCCAACUUCAGUUGAGUGACGUUGCUGACCGCGUCAACCUGGGUCUGAUCCCGAGCUCAGAGGACGGCUGGCCCGUCGCCUGCAUGCUGCUGAAGAAAAACACCGGCGGCGUCUUACACAUCCACCACAACGUCACCUCGCCGCUGCAGACCGCAGAUGAUGUCAUUCAGAGGGAUUCUGGGAAGAAAGCUGACAAAGAGGCGUGGCAGGCCUGGGCCGAUCACGCAUCAAACCGCAUCGCUUCUCUCCUAAAGGACCUCACCGGUGCGGCGUGGAGCACAAGCGUCCAGCACAUAGAGCGCGUGAAGUCGUACGCGCCUCACGUUCACCACGUUGUGUUGGACUUGGAGUGCAGACCGUCCUGCGCAGUUAAAACGAUAAAAUAAAGUUGUGGAGGCAGUGAAUCACAGCUCCAGCUGGGCAGGUUGGGAAUGCAGCCACAUAAAACUUUAUUUAUUCAGGGCAGGUUGACUGAGCACAAACAUGGUUUGUUCUGUCCACAUCAGUGCAGGUCAGCCUCUGCUGCAGCCUUCAACCAAUGAACAUGUCAGAAACGUGCCAACAGUUGUUUUUCUCCACCAGCAGGAUUCUUGUGGUUUUGCUACAAAUCUAAUUCCUGCAAGAAAUAACUUGAAUGGAAAAAUGUAAAUAAAAGAAAAGUAUGACAGUAGUCUGUGUGCUAUAAAUGAGUUCAGCAUGA